CAGAGUGGUCUCUUUACUCUGUUUUUCCUCUGUUUUUUGAGCGUUCUAAAUGAAAAUAGAGACUAUGAGUGAUUCUAAGAUGGAAACACCUUUUGCUAAAGCUGGUUUACUUAGUAGAGUAUCAUUUUGGUGGUUAAAUCCAUUGAUAAAGAAAGGAAAACAAAAAAAUCUUGAAGAUGAUGAUAUACCCAUGUUAAGGAAUUCAGAUAGAGCAAGCACUUGUUACAUGCUAUUUAUGCAACAACAACAACAAUUGCAGCAACCGCAAUCAAUUUUGUGGGCGAUUGUUCAUUGUUAUUGGAAAGAAAUCGCCAUAUCGGGUUUAUGCGCACUAGUCAAGGUAAUCACUCUAUCUUCUGGUCCAUUGUUUCUUGGUGCUUUCAUUAAAGUUGCAGAAGGUAUAGAGGAUUUUAAACAUGAAGGUUAUUGUUUAGCUAUACUAUUGUUGUUCUCCAAAUUGUUAGAAUCGUUAUCGCAGCGGCAAUGGUUUUUUCUUAGUAGAAUAACGGGUAUUCGGAUAAGAUCAUUACUAUCAGCAGCUAUUUAUAAGAAGCAAUUGAAACUUUCUAGUUCUGCUAAAACAACAAAUUCAUCAAGCGAGAUAAUUAGUUACGUCACGGUUGAUGCAUAUAGAAUUGGUGAAUUUCCUUACUGGUUUCAUGAAAUAUGGGCACUAGUCCUCCAAAUUUGUCUAGGCUUGGCGGUUCUUGUUCAUGCUGUGGGUCUUGCGACGCUUGCAGCUUUGGUUGUCAUAGUACUAACCGUGUUAGUGAACAUUCCUACAGCGAAAUUUCAAACCAAGUAUCAGAGAAAGCUUAUGGGGGUACAGGAUAGAAGACUAAAGGCGAUGUCUGAAGCUUUAAUGAACAUGAAAAUCUUGAAGUUGUAUGCUUGGGAGAUUCAUUUCAAAAAUGCUAUCGAAAAAUUGAGAAAUGAAGAGUGCAAAUGGUUGUUUGCUAUGCAGUAUCAGAAAGCGGCUAACGGUUUCCUCUUCUGGGCAUCACCUGUCAUGGUGGCUGCUGCCACCUUUUGGGCUUGUUACUUUCUCAAGGUUCCUUUGACUCCUAGUAACGUGUUCACGUUUAUAGCAACGUUACGUAUUGUGCAAGACCCUAUUAGAUCGGUUCCUGAUGUUAUUUCAGUUGUAAUUCAAGCAAAAGUUUCGUUUGAAAGGAUCAAAAAGUUUCUUGCAACACCGGAAUUGGACAGUGAGAAGGUCAGACACAAGGGAAAUAAUGAAGAGCAACCUAAGCAUUCCAUAUUCAUCGAAUCGGCUAAUUUCUCAUGGGAAGAGAAUCCUACAAAAUACACUCUGAGUAACAUUCAUUUAGAGGUUAAACCUGGUGAGAAAGUGGCUAUAUGUGGAGAGGUUGGUGCAGGUAAAUCAACACUUUUAGCAGCAAUUCUUGGAGAGAUACCGUACAUAAAAGGCACGAUUCAAGUUUACGGAACAAUGGCCUAUGUUUCUCAAACGGCAUGGAUACAGUCAGGAAGUAUACAAGAAAAUAUUUUGUUCGGGUGCACCUUGGAUAAGAAAAGAUACCAAGAUGUAUUGGAAAAGUGCUCACUGCUUAAGGAUCUUGAAAUGCUACCAUACGGUGAUCUAACUGAAAUAGGAGAACGAGGAAUUAAUCUUAGUGGUGGUCAGAAGCAACGUAUUCAACUAGCUCGUGCGCUCUAUCAGGAUGCAGACAUGUAUCUCUUGGAUGAUCCAUUCAGUGCAGUUGAUGCUCAUACUGCUACCAGCUUAUUUAACGAAUACGUUAUGGGAGCACUUUCAGGAAAGACAGUGUUACUUGUGACUCACCAAGUUGAUUUUCUUCCAGCAUUCGAUUAUGUUCUGCUGAUGUCAGACGGUGAAAUCCAACAUGCAUCUCCAUAUCAUACGCUACUAGCUUCAAGUUCAGUAUUUUAUGACCUUGUCAAUGCACAUAAAGAUACAGCUGGAAAUGAAAGGCUCGGUAAGGUUGAUACUCCCCAAAGAAAUGCAAUCUCCGCCAAAGACACCGGUAAAAUAUAUCAAGAAAAUGGGAUUCAAGAAUCAGCAGGACAUCAGUUGAUUAAGAAAGAAGAAAAAGAAACUGGAAACACCGGCUGGAAGCCGUACCUACAAUAUCUGAAUCAAAAGACAGGCUUCUUUUAUUUAUUUUUAGCAACACUUCCGCAACUCUUUUUUUUUGCCGGCCAAGUACUACAAAACUAUUGGAUGGCUUCAAACCUUCAGAACUCUAAUGUCAGCAAACUGCGACUAGUAGUAGUGUACUUUGCGAUUGGAUGCACCUUGAUAUUCUUUUUACUUGUUAGAAGUCUUUCUACGGUUGCUUUGAGCAUGCAGUCAUCAAAGUCUUUAUUCUCUCAAUUACUGAAUUCUCUUUUCCAUGCACCGAUAUCUUUUUAUGAGUCGACUCCUCUGGGAAGAUUACUAAGCCGGGUCUCUUCCGAUCUAAGUAUAGUAGACCUCGAUAUCGCAUUCAACUUAAUAUUUGCUAUCGUGGUUACUGCUAAUACUUAUAUUACUCUUGGAGUACUGACCGUCAUUACCUGGCAAGUCGUGUUUGUUUGCAUACCGAUUGCAUUCUCGGUGAUAUACUUACAGGGAUACUAUUCCGCUUCUGCAAAAGAGUUCAUGCGAAUUAAUGGAACAACCAAGUCUAUGGUAGCAAAUCAUCUUGGGGAGUCCAUAGCAGGAGCAAUGACAAUUAGAGCUUUUCAAAAUGAAGAACGAUUCUUUCUUCGAAAUCUUGAGCUCAUUGACAAAAAUGCUAGUCCUUCUUUUCACAUUUAUUCCGCAAAUGAGUGGUUCAUCCAACGUUUGGAAACACUGUCAGUCAUUGUUCUUUGUUCCUCAGCUCUGCUACUGGUUUUGCUUCCUCAGGGAACUUUCAGUUCAGGUAAGCAUAGAAUGGAACUCUACAAUUCAUGUUCUUUUGGAUUGACUAACGGACCUUAUGAUUACCAAUCUUAUGAUAUGGCAGGGUUUGUCGGAAUGGCGUUGUCAUAUGGUCUCUCGUUGAAUAUGACUCUUGUAUUCUCAACUCAAAUCCAGUGUAUAUUAGCAAAUAAUAUCAUUUCAGUGGAAAGGCUAAGCCAGUACAUGAACGUCCCUAGUGAAGCUCCUGAAGUCAUAGAAGGAAAUCGGCCCGUACCAAGUUGGCCUGCUUUGGGGAGAGUUGAGAUCCACGAUUUAAAGAUACGUUAUAGGGCGGAUACUCCACUUGUUCUUCAGGGGAUUACUUGCACAUUUGAAGGAGGACACAAGAUUGGAAUUGUUGGCAGAACUGGCAGUGGGAAGACAACUCUAAUAAGUGCUUUAUUUCGUAUAGUAGAACCAUCCGGAGGAAAAAUUGUCAUAGACGGCAUUGACAUCUCAAUGAUUGGACUGCAUGAUUUAAGAACACGGUUGGGGAUUAUACCUCAAGAUCCUACUCUCUUCAAGGGAACGGUGAGAUAUAAUUUGGAUCCCCUGUCUCAACAUAGUGAUCAGGAAAUUUGGGAGGUUCUCGAGAAAUGUCAGCUUCGAGAUACCGUGCAAGAGAAAAAAGAAGGGUUGUCUAGUCUAGUCGAACAGGAUGGUGUAAACUGGAGCAUGGGACAACGGCAACUAUUUUGCUUGGGCAGAGCUCUUUUGAGGAGAAGUCAGAUAUUGGUGCUUGAUGAAGCUACUGCUUCAAUUGACAAUGCGACAGAUUCUAUACUUCAAAGAACUAUACGUACUGAGUUCGAGAGUUGUACAGUUAUUACAGUAGCUCAUAGGAUACCCACCGUGAUGGAUAGCACAAUGGUUCUUGCAAUAAGUGACGGAAAGAUAGUGGAAUAUGAUGAACCAACGAAAUUGAUGAACGAAGAGGGAUCGUUGUUUGGUGAGCUUGUAAAGGAAUACUGGUCACACAUCAACUCUGCAGAUUCAUAAUAAGAUCUUAGUUACUGACUACUAAUAAUAUAUGAAACACGUGUGAUGCUCGAAAAAAUUAAGUUAACUUGAUCCAUCAAGCUAUGUUGUAUUAAGCGCUAGGCGAGGCGAGGCGCCAAGCCUAGCGCCUAGCGCGCGGCUGAAAAAUAAGAAAACUCAUCUUGCAGGCUUACUUUGGCGCCUGGACGCCUUUUUUUUCCAGGGCGCCAACCCCGCGCUUAGUGCGCCCUUGGCGCUUAAGUUCUAAAGGCGCUCGCCUUUUACAACAUAGCCAUCAAGUACACUAAUAUUUAGUCGUUGCAGAUUGUACAUACAGUUGAUGCAAUAAUGGCUAAAGCAAGUUUAUUUA